AUGAGCUCCAAGAGCGACUGCAACGUUCAUGCCCUCGAGUUUCGGGAGGCGAAGCCGUCGCAAGGCGAUGCGUCCCGCCCCGUGUCCGACCUCUUUCGUCUCGACAACCGCACCGUCAUAAUCACCGGUGCCACUGGGUUUUUGGGAACCACCCUCGCCAUCGCCGUUCUCGAGAGCGGCGGUGAUGUUGUUUGCCUGGACCUCGCUGCCACCCCCACCGCCUCGAACUGGGGCGACGUCGAAAACGCCGCCCGCAAGUACCACGGCCGGCUCUCAUACUACUCUCUAGACGUCACCGACGAAAACGCCGUGCGAGAGACCUUUGCCACCUUUUGCCCGACGCUGCGGUAUCCGGUCAAGGGCCUGGUUGCGUGCGCCGGAUUGUCUCGCAACGGACCGGCCACCGAGUUCCCGGCUUCGAGCUUCCGGCGCGUGUUGGACAUCAACGUCACCGGCACGUUCCUGAUCGCACAGGCGACGGCGAACGAGAUGGCGAGAACCAAUACGGCUGGCAGCAUGGUGUUGGUUGCGAGCAUGAGUGGAUACGUGUCGAACAAGGGUGUCGACACAGCUGGUUACAACGCGUCCAAGGCGGCCGUCCACCAACUUGCUCGCUCGUUGGCCGCGGAAUGGGGGUCCCGAAAGGGAAUGCCCCUGAUUCGGGUCAACACGCUCUCGCCGGGUUAUAUCCGCACGGCCGCCACGGCAGAGGCCCUCCAGAAGCCGGGCAUGGAGAGCCAAUGGGUCGGCGACAACAUGCUGUUCCGACUGAGCACCGUGGACGAGUUCCGGGCUCCGGUGCUGUACAUGCUGGGCGACGGAAGCAGCUUCAUGACGGGUGCCGACUUGCGCGUGGAUGGCGGACACUGCUCGUGGUGA